AUGAUGAACCUCCCUACUAUGCAAGCCCCAAUCCACAAAAAGCCAUUGCUACUCUACCUGGCCACUAACUUGUAUGCCAUUGGUGCAUUGAUCGCCCAAGAGGAUAGAGGUGGCAUUGAGCAACCAGUGUACUACAUCAGCCGUGCCUUAAAAAAUGUAGAAACUCGUUACCCAAGGGCAGAAAGGACUUGGUCAUCAGCCAUACUUCAUCAGCCAUACUUCGCAGAGGUUACACCAUUAUUUCUUGGCUUACGAAGUAUGGCUAAUGACCAAGUCCUAUGUUGUCAAAGUUUUGUUGCGGCAACCGAUCCUCUCUGUCAGAAUAUCCUAGUGGUUGUUACAUUGUCACAAUACGACUUGAAAGCAGAAAUGCCCAAGGUGAUAAAAAGUCAGGCUAUAGCACACUUGUUGGCGCAGUUUUCAGGAGAGGAAGAAUUCCCGCUGGAUGAUGAAGUUCCAGGGGAAGUAGCCAUGGUUGAAGAAGUCAAAGAACAAUGGGUAAUGAAGUUUGAUGGGUCUUCUACCGCCCAAUCAGGAGGAGUGGAAGUAGUUUUUUACCAUGAAGAAAAUGAGACAGUGGCGCUAUCAUUCAAACUGGAAUUCCCCUGUUCGAACAACAUGGCAGAAUACGAAGCCUAUCUAACCGGGCUAGUGACGUCUCUCGAAAUGAGAGUCAAACAUUUAAGGGUAAUGGGUGAUUCAAACUUGGUGGUCUGCCAGGCCAAGGGGAGCUUCUCCCUAAAAGAACCCAGCCUAGCCCCGUACAGAGCAAUGGCCCAAAAGAUGGAGGAAAAGUUUUCAACCUUCGAGAUAGAACAUGCUCCAAGGAAUGGAAAUCGGUUUGCAGAUGCACUAGCCACACUAGGCUCACAAAUAAUUUUUGAAGGGGAUAGCACCAGGAUAGAAGUUGGCAAGAGGAAAAAGUCUAUUAUUGAGACAUUGAAGGAAAGGUUCCAGGAGGAAUAG